AUUCUGUCCCACAUAGGGGAAACCAACUCUACUGACAAGCUGCUGAUCCAGAAACUGCAUUUAUGUGCAAUAUUUCAGAUGUUUGCAUUGUGGUUUAUGGAUGAGAAGUUGAUGCAAACAAAACAACACGUGCAGUGCUCAAUACUGAAACUUACCUCAAGUCUGCAGGAAACCGGGAUCAACACAGCUGAGGAAACUGACUGAAUGUGAAGCCGUUCGCUGGAUAUAUAAGCUUUUAUUACAUAGAAGUUCUUCAGAGUUGUCUAACUCCUUCCCUUCGCAACAUAGUCUGAAGACCCUCAAACAUCAUCAUCAAGAUCACCUCUUCAAGUCCAGAACUCAUCCAUCAUGAGUCACUUACCCUCUGCAUUACUGAGGGGGCUCUCUCUCUUGCUGGUGUCCCAGAGUGUGUUCGCCAUGGUGCUACUGAACGCCACCGAUCUGGGAAUUCUCCUGGAGAAAUAUCUGGAUGAUGAUGAUGGAGACAGGGCAGUGGAGAGACAGCGAGGCAAGAGGGCCAUCACUGCCAGUGACAUGCAGGCUAUUCUGGACCUACACAACAAACUCAGAGGGCAGGUCUACCCACCAGCUUCAAAUAUGGAAUACAUGGUAUGGGACACUGAACUGGAGCGGAGUGCUGAGGAAUGGGCCGAAACCUGCUUGUGGGAGCAUGGCCCCACUGGCCUGCUGUCUCAGAUUGGACAGAACCUGGGAGUGCACUGGGGAAGGUAUCGUCCACCUACCUCUCAUGUUCAAGCCUGGUAUGAUGAGAUCAAAGACUACUCUUUUCCAUACCUUCAGGAAUGUAACCCUUACUGUCCUUUUAAAUGCAGUGGUCCAGUCUGUACCCACUACACUCAGCUUGUUUGGGCGACUAGUAGUCGAAUUGGCUGUGCGAUCAAUGUGUGCUACAACAUGAAUGUGUGGGGCCAGAUCUGGGCAAAAGCUGUGUAUCUUGUGUGCAACUACUCACCAAAAGGGAACUGGUGGGGAUAUGCCCCAUAUAAACAUGGCACCCCUUGCUCUACCUGCCCACCCAGCUAUGGAGGAGUGUGCAAAGAAAACCUCUGUUAUAAAGGUGAAGAGACAAAUAGACAAAGUCCACAUGAGGAAACUGAGGAAAGAAACGCUGUAGAACCGGAGGCCCCUCAUAGCCCUGGAUCCCGUUUACGUGCCCCAAGUCCAACCAGAUGCCCAAAUGCGGUUGUGAGCAAAAAGCAGAUGUCCCAAAUUGUAACAUGCGACACGAAGCUGAGAGACCAGUGUAAAGGCACCACAUGUAAAAGGUACGAGUGUCCUGCUGGUUGUUUAGACAGCAUGGCCAAAGUGGUUGGAACAGUGUAUUAUGACAUGCAAUCCAGUAUUUGCCGGGCAGGAAUUCAUUAUGGUGUUAUUAAUAAUGAUGGAGGUUGGAUGGAUGUCACAAGACAAGGCAGAAAGGAAUUCUUCAUUAAAUCAUACAAAAAUGAAGUUCAGUCUCUUGGGAAAUACCAGAGUGCCAAUGCUUUCAAAGUAUCAAAAGUGACAGUAAAAGUUAUCACAUGUGCGACUACAGUUUCUGUGCUAUGUCCUUACCAAAAGCCUGCAAGACACUGUCCAAGGAUUUACUGUCCACGGGACUGCUUGCAAGAAAAUCCCCACCUUUCCCGAGUCAUUGGUACCACAAUUUAUUCAGAUAAAUCUAGUAUAUGCCAGUCAGCAAUUCAUGCCGGUGUCAUAAACAACGAGUUAGGUGGUUACAUUGACGUGAUGCCCACCGACAAUAGGAAGCUGUACAUUUCGUCAUACCAGAAUGGCAUAUUAUCAGAAAGUCUGCAGAACCCCACGGGAGGCAAGGCAUUCAGAGUAUUCGCCAUUAUUUGAGUGUGUGCUGAAACCGUGGUCACUCAUCAACUGUUGAAUGGGCUGUAAUCGUGCCCAUUGUGAGGGCUGUUCUGCUCUAAACCACAUAUAUAUUUUCUUUCACACAAAUGUUGACUGAACUAAGUAUUUGCUGUAUAGACGGAGAGCCCCUUCAAUGCAUCAAGUUGAUUAUCCAUUGUCUUACCUAAAAAGUAUGUAAUUAGAGGAUCAUUCAGGGGAUAUGGUGUCUCUAUUGCAAACAAAAGCACUUAAGAGGAUUUAAUCUUUAAUUAUAUUCACUAAGCACAUUUCAGCGAGUGUUAUAACAUAUCUACGAUAUCUUCUAGUUAUAUUACAUGUUGAAUAUGCGUCUAGUUCUCACUCAUUAAUUGUUUUCUUCAUUUGUUUCUUCAUGUAUUUAUUUUUAUCAUUUUGUUGCUUUAGGGCAAGAAAGGACUGCUGAUAAGGUUUUUUUUUUAAUGUAUGAGUUUGACAUUUUGUGAUUUUGCUGAUUAUCAUGGUGAUAAUAAAUAAUGUGGAUAUACUCCUGUAAAUAGCCUGUUCAUUGUGUUAAUUGUAUGAGGUUCUGUAUCGACUGUAUGUCACUGAAUGAUUUAGUAGGUUGGUAAAAACAAGUAUUUAUUUAUAUUACAAACAUUUAAGGUACUUUUCACUCAUUUACUUUAUGUAUUU